AUGAAUUUUCCAGGUCCAGCAAGUCAUUGUAUAAAUUAUGAAAGGUUAUUUACUACGAAAAAAGAGAAACAAGACUUGUUACACAAAAUAAAUAGUAGAAGAAAUAAAGUUGCGUCAGGCGAAAUUCGCUCUUUGUCUGCCGCAGUAAAUAUGGUAAAAUUGGAAUGGAACAAAGAGUUGGAAAUUUCAGCACAGCGAUGGGCAGAUCAAUGUGUAAAAAGUACCCUGUAUAACAACACCGAUACAUGUAGAGACUUGGAGUACACGUCAGUGGGUCAAAAUGUAGCUACAAUAUAUGGCGAAGCGCCGGGGUUGACUGCCACAUCUAUGAUUGAUCUGUGGUAUAUGGAGUUACUGAACGUGAAUGUAUCAAUUUUAUCCCGUUACUUACCGUCUUCAGUCACAGGGAUGCAACACUAUGAAUAUUUUACACAAUUAGUGUGGGGUAAUACUGUCCAAGUUGGUUGUGCAGGAGUUAAGUUUAAAGAAAUUAAUAUCGAUUUGAAUUCGUACCAAAACAGAACCGUACAUAGAUUGGUAUGUAAUUUUGCACCUAUGGGGAACCGCCUUGACGAACCUGUUUAUAAUUUUGGCGUGCCAUGUUCUAUGUGUACUUUUGGAAGUAGCAAAUGUGACUCAGAAUUUACAUUUUUAUGUUCUUCAAGAAUGUCAUCAACGCCUAUUGAAAUCAUUAACAGUGACGAGAUUACUACAGAUCCAUCAAUAUUGGAUAAAAUUAUAUCGUCUAAUAACUUUGAGGGUGUUCCGCAUUUAUCUAAAAAUAAUUAUCUCGGGGUUAAAAAAAACGAAGAACAUACAUCAAUCACGUCAGAAGUCAUAGAAAAUUAUGACACGCAGUUUGAUUUUUUUUCCGAUUUAUUUGAUAUUACUAUGUCACCUGUGCCUCGAAAAGAACAAACUACAACGAAAUGUAGAGAGGUUUUGGCUGUCGAUGAGUUUAUUGAAUUACUAAGAAGUAGGCUAAGAAGCGAUCACCUGUUAAGAGAAUUAUUACUAUCAACUACUAAACUUUCUACUUCUGAACCUGUAGUCUCAGAUAAAACUGUGGCAGCUAUUAUAAAACAGUUAUAUAGCAAAAAAGAAGCACCAAUUACAACUAAGUCCACUGAGAGUGACAGUCUUAAUUCAACAAUUCUUGCUGAUUUAGUGGAAGCUGUGAUAUUUCGACACAGUGAGAAAUAUUCAACAACAGAAAAUGCUAAAUUAAUUACACAAGUUAUUUCUGAUGUAAGACCUGUCAAAAUACAAGCAGAGCUCGGAGAAGUUAAAUCCAAUAAAGAGUUUACUGGAAAUUAUUUUUUUCCUGAAGUAGAGGUACAAACGGAACAAGAAACAGAUGAUUCAUAUGACGAACAGUUACCGACAUCUGAAAUAUCACUAGAAAUUGAAGAUUUGAAAAGAAAGAGUGGGACAAUAGACUUUUUAGAGGAAGUUCUUGAAUCAGACAUUAUUACGGACGACAUAAAAGGGGAUAUUAUGUUACCAACAGUAAAUAUUCCCAAUGAAUUAAAAAGAUAUAAAAGGAAAGCCUAUAGCGGUUUAUUUAUUAACUAUAUGGAUUUACUAAAAAAAUUAGCUACUGAUUUAAGGAAUUUAAAGUUGCAGGAAAAAUAUCAUUGCGUAUACAGUUGUACGCAACAGAUUGUUCCUAACAUUUGUUUAAUAGGACUGGUUUCAAACGUCUGCUUUUUGUAA